AUGGGGCGCCGCGGGGCCGUGGCGCUGCUCUGGCUGGCGGCCGUGCUGUGCCAGCUGGGCACGGGCAGCGCCCUCCGCCGCCGGCCGCACGCCGCCGGGGUCCCGCAGCGGCGGCUGAGCGGCGGCGAGCGCCGGGACGUGCAGCGGGAGAUCCUGGCCGUGCUGGGGCUGCCCGGCCGGCCCCGGCCCCGCGUCCCGGCCCGUGCCCCCGCCGCCGCCGCCGCGCCGCUCUUCAUGCUCGAUCUGUACCACGCCGUGGCCGGCGAGGAGGAGGAGGAGGAGGAGGGUGAAGAAGCGGCGGUGUCGCGGCCGGUGCUCACCGGGCUCAGCACGCAGAGCCCCCCGCCCGGCAGCGUCGUGAGCCGAGCAGACACCGUGGUCAGCCUCGUUAAUAUGGUGGAGCAGGACAGGGACCUUUUGUCCCCCAAGCCCUACUGGAAGGAGUUCAGGUUCGACCUGACCCAGGUGCCGGCGGGAGAGGCCGUGACGGCCGCCGAGUUCCGAAUUUACAAAUCCCGGGGCAUCGUCCCCAGGCACGGCAACAGCAGCCUCCACGUCAGCAUCUACGAGGUGGCUGCAGAGCAUUCCAACAGGGAAUCCGACCUGUUCCUGCUGGAUGUGCAGGACCUGCGUGCUGGGACAGAGGGCUGGCUGGUGUUUGAUGUCACAGCUGCCAGCAGCCACUGGGCACUGGAGCAGAAAUACACCCUGGGGCUGCGGCUCUACGUGGAGACAGAUGAUGGGCACAGUGUGGAUCCGGGCUCCGCCGGGCUCCUGGGGCGAAGGGGACCCCGCUCCAAGCAGCCCUUCAUGGUGACAUUUUUCCGGGCCAGCCCCAGCCCCUCCCGUGUCACACGAGCAGCCAAACCCGCCAGGAGGAGACAGCACAAGAAAUCCAGCGGCCUCCCCCACCCAAACAAGCUCCCAGGAAUUUUUGACGAUGUGCACCCCACGGACGGGCGGCAGGUCUGCCGGCGCCACGAGCUCUACGUCAGCUUCCAGGACCUUGGCUGGCUGGACUGGGUGAUUGCUCCACAGGGAUACUCAGCCUACUACUGCGAGGGGGAGUGCGCAUUCCCGCUGGACUCGUGCAUGAACGCCACCAACCACGCCAUCCUGCAGUCCCUGGUCCACCUGAUGAAGCCUGAGGCCGUGCCCAAGGCGUGCUGUGCCCCCACCAAGCUCAGUGCCACCUCUGUCCUCUACUACGACAGCAACAACAACGUCAUCCUCAAAAAGCACAGGAACAUGGUGGUGAAAUCCUGCGGCUGCCACUGAUGGACAGGUCCCAUUCCCACACCUGGAUGCCCUAUUCCCAGCCCUGAGUGU